CCGCUGUGCUAUGGUUAUGCUUUCGCCCACAUAAUUCCCGUUAUAAAAUAGAGAAUUGGUAAUUUUUCUAAUAAAAUAUCUGCCGAAACAUAUAGAGGGAUAUUUUUUUCCAUAAUAAAAUGUCUCACCAAACCGGAAUUCAAGCUAAUGCAGACUUGAAAAAAUAUUUUAGUAAAUGCAGGGAUGGAAAACUCAGAGUUCUGAAAGUUAGCAUAGAAAAUGAACAAUUAACAUUAGCAAAACAUUAUCCUGUCAAAGGAUCAUUUGAAAAUGACUUUGAUAAGUACAUCCCACAGCUUAUUGUUGAAGAUCUGCCUUGCUAUAUUCUGUAUAGGUUUGACUCAACUAAUUCCUUAGGAUAUGAAUGGCUAUUGCUAAGUUGGUCUCCAGACAAUGCCCCUGUGAGACAUAAAAUGUUGUAUGCCUCAACAAAAGCGACACUCAAGCAAGAAUUUGGUUCAGCUCACAUAAAAGAUGAAAUGCAUGCUACUAGCAAGGAUGAAGUGUGUCUGAAAGGCUACAAAGCUCAUGUUAGCGGUAUAAAUGCGCCAGCACCUCUCACUGACAGAGAAGAAGCCUUGAAAGAGUUGCAACAAAGUGGACAGGGUCCAAACUAUGGCACGGAUUCAAGACAGUCAACUAUGGGAGGUAUAGCUUUUCCUAUCACGGAAUCAGCGAAACAGGGUAUUAUUGAUCUCCAACGUGGUUCCUACAAUUAUCUACAAUUUAAAAUAGAUUUAGAAGAAGAGACAAUAUGUCUAUCAAAGGCGGCAGUCAUAAGUUUGACUGAGCUCCCGGCGCAAGUACCAAGUGACGCAGCGCGGUAUCACUUGUAUAUAUUCGAACAUACGCACGAAGGUGACCAUAUGGAAAGUAUUGUUUUUAUAUAUUCAAUGCCCGGCUAUAGCUGCAGUAUAAAAGAAAGAAUGAUGUAUUCAAGUUGCAAAGGACAAUUCUUAGAAAUAAUUGAAAAAAUUGGCGUCAUCGUUGCGAAACGGUUAGAAAUAGAUGACGGCAAGGAAUUAACGGAGGAGUAUUUAUACGACGAGAUCCAUCCCAAGAGAAACCUUCAUCGCCCUGCGUUCGCCAAACCCAAGGGCCCUCCGAACAGAGGUGCGAAAAGAAUUACGAAGGCACAAUCAACUCAGUAAUUUCUUCAGUGAAAUAGCUUUUAUUAUAUUAAGAAUACUAAUAUUACCGUAGCUUUUUUCUUCCUUAAUUCGUUUCUUAGGCCAUCGUCUGAAUUCAAGAUUGAGGAUACCACUAGCAUGGCUAGUAUAGUCUGGAGACCAAAAAAUUAUCCCCAAAUUAUAGCCACCUGCCAAAAAACGUUUAAAUAGUACACAUAUAUUAUUUGAAUAUUAUUUUCACCCAUUCCCAUGUUUGAAAAGUGGCAAAAACUGUGGGAGAAGAUAAAAAUGUUGUCCUUUCUCUGUGGAAAAAAUGUCUCCUGCCCAUACUAGCUGUACUGCGGGUCAAACGUCUGUAAGGCUUGCUCUGCACACUUGUUCGAUUAUUUAAAUGUUAUCAGAUUUUAAGCAACUUAAGGAAACUACGCACGCUGUUUCUUAAAAUUCCGGACUAAGUAUAUAGUUGAAAUAGUGUAUGUUUAUUGCCGCUAUAGCAAAACAAGUAAUAAAAAAAAUAGAAAUAAACUCGAUAAGGGAAGUAUUCAUUUCAGUUUAUUGGUCGAUCUUAAUAAUUUUAAUACUUGUUACAGCAAUAUUUCAUAUUGGAAUUGGUUUGGAACCCUUCCUAUGCAACACCAAUUUGAUCUUUGCCAAGUCAUUUAAGGUCUAAAAUAAAGUAUUUCAUAAUUCGAACAAAUGUGUGAACAGUUUUAUGGAUACUCUUAUACUUAUAUUUUGUUCUGCUGUCUUUAGAAAAGUGUUGAAAUACAUGUUUAAGUAUUCUUUUCAGUAUUUGCAAUGGUAUACUUAGUACGAGUUUACACAUCUCGAAAACGUUGUAAGCUUUCGCAAAACUCGACAAUGAAUUGUCUUCAGAAGAUUAACAAAGCAUUUAAUAAAAAAGAAUAACUAAGACUAAAAUAGAAGAAAUUAUGUCUUGUGAGUCGGUGUGAAAAUUUUGUGGACACCAUUGUUUUAGGCCAACUAAACUUAAAACUCGCUAGGAUUCUUUGUAGAUCGAAUAGUUAAAAACUUUUAAGAUAGGUGUAUUUCAUAUUGAACUUUUGCGUUGUAUAAUGGAACUUUCGUGAGGACUACCGACGUUUUCGGAAUGGGACUUCGUGUUAUUAGCUACCGAGUUCUAACAACACUCAAAUAAUAGAAAUAAUGCUUCCUUGAGAUUUCACGAAAAAUAAUAUUUUUUCUAAAAAUACUUAAUUGUAAAAUUCACUAGUUAAAACCUCACCAAAACUAUAUUAGAAAUGAUCACUGUUAUAGUAGAAGUUGACCAAUCUUUAAUGUUGAAUGAAAUAGAGCAAUAAAAUUAAUUGCAAACCAGUAUUAAACCAGUUAUCAAUAAGUUAGGCUUAUUAUUAAUAAUAAUAAUUAAUGUGCAAUAAAUAGAAAAGUCUUAUAAUCAUCAUAUUAUAUGAAAUGGACGGAGUAAUAAUUAUUUAAAAAAAAAAACUUUCAUUAAUAAGUGAUAAUGUGUUCAUUAUAGAUUAUCGUAUGACGAAACGAUUUUAUUAUUUUUAAUGUAUUUGUAUUCCUAAUUUAAAUCAUUGUUUAUGUUAUACUAGCAAUAGCACUGUAAAAGUAGCUGUGCUUCUUCAGAAAUCUUAAAAAAAUGAAUCCAUUAAAAAAAUGUUUACAUUUAUGUUUGUCAACUAAAUUGAAUGCAGAACCUAAAUGAAUUUCCAAACAAUUUAUAAACUUUGCAGCCGUUCAAAUUUUUAAAUGUACGGUAGGGUGUGUGUGGAUAUAUAUUAACUUAAUCUUUUAACCUGUUUUAACUUAGAUAUCUGCCUGUUUUUUAUUGAAUAUUAAUAUUAUUAUCUUGCCAAUGUAAAUAAAAUCCGUAAACUAGUAUCCAAGAUCUAUCUGGUUUCAGAAAUAUUUUUAUAUCAUAAUAAUAAGUGUAAAUUGUCUUUUUUUACAGUUGAUUUUUUAAAAAUUCGUCUAUUGUUUAGCUAUUUUAAUUAAUAAGAAAUUGUGAAAAGUAAAGAGAGCGUCCUUUAGGCCACCGAACCGAAUCUGAUUAAUCAUGACGCCAUAUAAUUACUGUGUAAAUUACACUGCCCGUGUUACCUAUAAAAAGGUUCUCGCAAAAUAAUUGGUCAAAACUGAACAUGAGGCGUGCACGGAAACGCUUCUCAUCUUAAACUUCUGCAGCAUUGUCGAUGCGAGAAUGUAGAUAUAAAUGCAUUGUGUUACGCUAGUAGGCUUUUUAUAUAACUAUUACUUACUUAAAAAUAUUUUAACCGUCGGGUUCUUUUGCAAGAACUGCAGUUUUUAAUUAAUAUUUUCACUUCAGUGUCGUCAUAUUACGAUACGGUUUAACUUUUUGCAAACUGUGGCAAUAAAGCGUAGCAGUAGUUAACACUCACUUCAGCUCGUGUCACCAUAUAUAUCCGCACGUUAACCGCACAAUUUUGCUUCUUCAAAAAUCUAAAAAAAUUCUGCUUCAAUUUUUCGCACUGAGCUAGUGAAUUGGAAUCUUCUAGGCAAGAGCUCUCAUAAGCUAGAACCAUUUGGCUGCGUCAAAUUGUUUGCAGCCAAGCGCUAGUCCAUAUAUUUAAACAAAGCAAGCUUUAUGUAAGGAGUCGCGACGUGCCGACCGCAUUCGCUCGCCCAUCGUUAAUAUAUCAGAGUCCAAUUCGAUUCGGUGGUCUAAUAUGCGUCAAGCUUAAUAAAUUGAGAUGCACAAAAUAGCGUUUGUUCAAAUUAUACCUAUACGUACAUUCAUUAUAUUUUUGUAAUCAGUCAUAUCCUUUUUCUAGUGAUAUAAUUAAAUGCUUUUGAUAUUUA